AUGAGGUGGCAAGUGCUUUUGUUUAUCUCGAUCCUUUCUCUCACAUCGGUGCUUGGGCAGGUCAGCUACUCCAUUCCGGAGGAAAUGGCAAAAGGGUCAUUGAUCGGUAACAUUGCUCAGGAUUUGGGUUUAGACAGAAAAAGACUAACAUCAGGCAGAGCUCGGAUUUUUACAGGAGAUAGCGCAGAGUACAUCGAGCUGAACAGAGAACGAGGAGUCCUCCUUAUCAAAGAGAAAAUAGACAGAGAGGCACUCUGUGGACAGACGACGCCCUGCGCUUUGCAUUUUCAGGUUAUUUUAGAAAAUCCUAUGGAAUUUUACACUGUUGCUGUCGAAAUCACAGACAUAAAUGAUAACACCCCAAUAUUUGAAAAAUCUGAAAUGAAAUUCAAAAUAAGUGAAUCUGCUGUAAUAGGUGCGAAAUUCUUGUUAGAGCGGGCAAUAGAUCCCGAUGUUGGUAUGAAUGGUCUACAGAGUUAUUUUCUGACUAAAACCGAGAAUUUUGACUUGAAAUUGAAAGAUCAGCCCGACGGAGAAAAGAUAGUUGAAAUGAUUUUACAAAAAUCGCUUGAUAGAGAAAAGCAGGAGGAAAUAUCUCUAGUGUUAACUGCGGUGGACGGUGGGGAGCCAAACCUAUCUGGCACAGCUCAGAUACAUGUAACAGUGCUUGAUGUCAAUGACAAUGCACCUGUUUUUACAAAGACUGUCUAUAAAGCUACAAUCCCUGAGAACGCCCCUAAAGGUACAGUUAUAACUAGGGUCAGUGCAUCAGAUGCUGACAAAGGCUCAAACUCCAAGAUUACGUAUUCAAUAUCCAACACAGCUGCAGAUGUGCGAGACAUGUUUGAAAUUAAUGAAUUAAAUGGGGAUUUGAUCUCGAAAAGUAAUGUGGAUUAUGAAAAGGCACGUAACUAUCAAAUACAUGUGCAAGCCAGUGAUGAUGGAGGACUGACAGAUUCGUGUAAGAUUACGGUUGAAGUCAUAGACAUUAAUGAUAACAAUCCAGUUAUUAAUAUAAUGUCACAGACUAAUGUUAUUCUCGAAGACGCUAAACCAGCAACA